CGACAAGUAUAGAAUAUAAAGCACAUUUCCCUACUCAAGAUGUUAAUAAUUCUUCAUCAUUACAACAGUUAUCUUCUGAUGAGAUUCAUGAAUUUCUAUGGGAUUACUUUCAAUUAAAUAUUAAUUUAAAAGGAUAUUAUAAUAAAUGGAGUUCAGUAGAUGGUCAUUUUGCAAAGAUAGCAAAUCAAUUUCAAGGAAUUCGAAUAUUAAGGCAAGAUCCGUUGGAUUACAAGGAAGCUCAUAAGGCUUUAUUACAAUUAACAGGCUGUUUAAUGUCAUUAGAUAAACAUAAUGCCAUACCAGUGGAUACGCACGUUUGGCAAAUUGCUAAACGAGAAUAUGGAUUUAAUAGUGGUAAUAAAGGGAGUAAAACAUUAACAAGUCGCGCGUAUGAAGCUGUAGGAAAUCAUUUUAGAAAAUUAUUUGGUGAUUAUACAGAUCUUAAGGCAUUCGAAAAUAGACAACAACAGAAUAAGAUUUCAAAAAAUGGGUUGAUAACACAAACCAAUUCG